UCACUGAGCACUCCGUCCGGUUCUGCGGGCUCAAGGGGAGAAGCGCUGAAGCACCAUGGCUCUGCUCUAAUCGCGUUUAUUAAGACAAGUGUGAUCAACUUACCGGCAAUCCGUCACCAUCCGCGCCUUAAACAUGGACCUCCAGUCAAGAGGCUCGUCCUGGGGCCAUCAGCUCUGUCGGCAGUAACAUCUGAAAACUAUAUUCCCGAGGAAACCAAGACGCCCUCCGUUAACAACGAAGAAUAGCAAAAAGAAACUUUCCAGAAACACGUUGACGACGUCUCGCCCUCAAGUUUCCCCGUUUGUCUGCGGAGCCGGUGUAAAUUGCUGAAGAACACUACACAAGUACCUAAGGUUCAACAACCCCUGAGAUCAAGUAUACUAAUUUAUAGUUUGGCAGAUAAGUGUGAGGCCUCCUCAUGCAGAACCACAGGAAAUGAAUAAACCACCUCAGCCUAUAACAGGACCCCCUGCUGUUCCCCACCCUGCCCAAUCUCCAGGACUGACACAGGCUGCCUAUCCCCCAGGCCAGCCUUCCUCGGUUGUCUUUCCUGGGCCAUCUCCACAAAUGAACACUGCACCACAACCCAGACAGUUUGCGCCAGGGCCUCGCGCUUUACACCAACAGGGUGGAUUCAGGUCACUGCAGCCAUACUACACCAACCGACCCAACAUGCAAGGCAGUGCCCCUCGGGUCCCAACCAGCAACACCACCCGGCCUGUUGCACCUACUCAUGUCUACCAACCUACCUCACAGGUUAUGAUGAUUCCCCAGCAACAGUUGCAGUUCGCCGCUAACUCUCAGGGCCAUCCCAUAUAUUUACAUGGACAGUUCCGCUCCCCCUACAUGCCCCCAACCCAACAGUUCCCUGUGUCCAGUGGAACUGCAGGCUUUUAUGGUGGAAGCAGUCCAGCUGAAUACGGUACAUAUGACCCCUCUCUGGCUGGGAGGGAGAGGCGGGGGGGUGGGGGGAGAGGUACGAGCAGGGAGAACGGACGUCUCUCACUGCACGGAGCUCCUCUCACCUCCCAGCGCUAUCCUGCAGCUGCCUACUACCCUGCAACACAGCAGUACCAAACGCCAGUGCCUCCUACACCUGUGAUGAUGAACCCUGCUCAGCAGCAACAGGCUCCACUUCCACAGCAAGCUGCUCCACAGCCGACAGGGCCAGUCAAACCCAGAGAACGCAAACAGAUAAGGAUACGUGACCCCAACCAGGGUGGACGUGAUAUCACAGAGGAGAUAAUGUCUGGUGGAAGAACGACUUCCACACCAACUCCUCCACAGACUGCUGGUACAGAAGUGGGAAGUCCAGUUCAGACCAAUGGUGAAAGCGUUCCAACUUUUCCUGCUGAGAUCAGCACUGAUGAUGAAGUGAAGGCCAUGGUAAGUCCUGCAUCUGCGUCCACCCCUCCUCCAUGUAAGACACCAGAGCCCCCAGCACCUUCAUCCAUCGACUCUAAACCCGAGUCAGAAGUCAGACCUGCUUCACCAGAGAGCAAGAUUCCCAGUCCUCCAGAAGAGGAUCUUGUGGUACCCUCUCCUUCUCCUCCUCCUGCAAACAAUCCCCAAACUUCAGAGCCUCAAAUUGCAGACAGUGUGGAUGCUCCAGUGCUCCCUGAAGCCUCUGCUCAGAAGGAGCCCAAGGAGCCCUGUGCUCCUGUGGAGCCAGAGGAAGCCGAGGAGAAAGAGUAUGAACCUGUGGCUGAAACAGAAGUUACAGCAGCCUCAAGUCCAGCUGUUGUCGCCUCCAGUGCGGUGGAGUCUUCUCCUAAUGUAGCUGAAGAUCGUGAUGGUGCCCCUGUAAUCACAGAGAUGCCCGUUCCAGAACUGGCUGCCGAUGAGCCAAAGGAACAGCCUUUGUUAAACGGUUUGCCCCAGGACUCUGCAGAGGUUCCAGAUGUAAAGCCAGAGAGCUCCGCUAAUCCAGUUGCUGAACAAGUGGUUCCACAGGACCAGCAGAGCUGCCUUACAGCUGUUAAAGCAUCUGUGGAGGAAACCGAAAAGGAGAAAGCGGAAGAGGCCCCCACCCCUGCACCAGUCUGCCUUGUUGAAGAAACAACUAUGCAAGCUGCCUCCCCAAUAGUGCUAAAGAAGAAAAAGAAGAUCAAGGAUCUGAAUAAGAAGGAUGUUGGAGAUGUUCUAGAUGCCUUCAAGGAGCCAGAGGAGGAGAAGCCAGCUCCUGAGCCAGAGGUGGUUCAGAAAGAGCCCCCAGCCCCACCAGUGGAAGAGACAGAUGAAACAUGGGAGGAAAAAGAGGACAAGCUCGACACAGAAAAUAUUGAGCCAGAGGCAUCUAAACCUGUGGAACAGAAAUAUCAAUAUAAAGAAGAACAAUGGAAACCAAUCAACCCAGAGGAGAAGAAACGAUAUGAUCGAGAGUUCCUGCUUGGCUUUCAGUUCAUUAGUGCAAGCAUGCACAAGCCAGAGGGUUUGCCACACAUCAGUGAUGUUGUCUUGGACAAGGCAAAUAAAACCCCCUUGCGGCCCUUGGACCCCAGGAGUCUGAUGAACUGUGGGCCUGAUUUCACACCUUCAUAUGCUAACUUGGGUCGGCAGUCAUCCGGAGGAGGAGGGCGAGGACCGUCUGCACGGCGCCCUCAGCCGGGUCGAGGCAAAGACCAGAUCAGUCGCAACCCCAAGAUCAUCACCAGCGUUUCUCUCAAAGACAACAUUGAGCUCAACCAGGCUGAGAACGCUUGGACACCCUCGGUCAAGAAGCAAGUACGAAGUCGUGGAGAAGAGGAGGAGGAUGAUGCGGAAGCCGCUAAAACACAGGAGCUGUUCCGCCGUGUGCGCAGUGUCCUGAACAAGCUCACACCACAGAUGUUCCAGCAGCUGAUGAAGCAGGUGACCGAGCUCGCCAUAGACACUGAAGAGAGGCUCAAGGGUGUCAUUGACCUCAUCUUCGAGAAAGCCAUCUCUGAACCCAACUUCUCUGUAGCUUAUGCCAACAUGUGCCGGUGCCUUAUGGGGCUUAAAGUCCCCACUUCAGACAAACCGGGAGUCACUGUGAAUUUCCGCAAACUGCUACUGAACCGCUGUCAGAAGGAGUUUGAAAAGGACAAGGAUGAUGAUGAGAUCUUUGAGCAGAAACAGAAGGAGCUGGAUGCUGCUACUGAGGAAGAGGAGCGUCAGCGCCUGAAUGACGAGCUUCAAGAUGCCAAGGACAAAGCACGCAAACGGUCGCUGGGAAACAUCAAGUUCAUCGGCGAGCUGUUCAAGCUGAAAAUGCUGACAGAGCCCAUCAUGCACGACUGCAUUGUCAAGCUCUUGAAGAACCAUGAUGAGGACAGCUUAGAGUGCCUUUGCCGGCUGCUGUCCACCAUUGGCAAAGACUUAGACUUUGAGAAGGCCAAGCCUCGUAUGGAUCAGUACUUCCACCAGAUGGAGAAGAUCAUUAAAGAGAAGAAGACAUCAUCUAGAAUCCGUUUCAUGCUUCAGGAUGUUUUGGACUUGCGAAAGAACAACUGGGUGCCCAGGAGAGGAGAUCAGGGCCCUAAGACCAUUGACCAGAUCCAUAAAGAGGCAGAGUUGGAGGAACACAGAGAGCAAAUCAAAGUCCAACAGCAGCUGCUGUCUAAGAAAGACUCAAGUCAGGGUCGUGGGGGUCGUGGUGGGCCACACUCUUCUGGGGGCCGCGGGAGCCAGACCCAGGAUGAGGGAUGGAACAUAGUGCCUAUUACCACUAAGAGCAGACCGAUUGACACCAGUCGCCUCAGCAAAAUUACUAAGCCUGGUGAUUUCAACAACCAGUUGCUGGCCCCAGGAGGCAAGGGCUCAUGGGGCAGCUGGGGUAAAGGGAGCAGUGGAGGCACAGGAGCAAAGUCUACUGGAGAACAAGACCAGGGACGACCAACCACGAGCACACUCAACCGCUUCUCUGCACUGCAGCAGUCUGGACCACCUUCGUCGUCCUCAUCCUCAAUGGACUCUGAUCGUAGAGUGCCUCAAAGAAACAGCUCUAGCAGGGACCGUAGUGAUAGAGAUCGUGGUGACCGUGAUCGCUUUGACCGUUUUGAUCGACGAGAUGACCGGGAUAGAGGCCUGGACAGACCACUUCAGGCCAUCACCAAACGCAGCUUCAGCCGAGAAAGUGAAGAGCGCAGAGGCGGUGAUAACCGCGGACCACCAGAUUCUGUACGCCGCGUGUCCAGCAUGACAGACAACCGUGACCGAGGAAGUCGAGACCGCGAUAGAAGCAAAGAAACUGUGAAGCCAAUGGCGGCUCCUGCUCUUCCUCCGCCUGCUCCAGUCAAACCAGCCAUGAGCGAAGAAGACCUGGACAAGAAGUCCAAAUCUAUCAUUGAAGAGUAUCUCCACAUCAAUGACCUGAAGGAGGCCGUGCAGUGUGUGCAGGAGUUAAACAGUGUUUCUCUGCUGUUCGUGUUUGUACGGAACGGUGUAGAGGCCACGCUGGAGCGCAGCACCAUUGCUAGAGAGCACAUUGGCCUGCUGUUUCAGAAGCUCGUUAGCGCUAAAAUACUGCAUCCAGAGCAGUACUACAAGGGACUGCAGGAGAUUCUUGAGAUCGCAGAUGACAUGGCUAUUGACAUUCCCCACAUUUGGCUUUAUUUGGCUGAAAUCAUCACCCCCAUGCUACAGGACGGUGGCAUCCCCAUGGGCCAGCUCUUUAGGGAAGUGUCCAAACCUCUACUGCCUAUGGGCAAAGCUGCCAUCCUGCUUGUUGACGUUCUUAACAUUUUCUGCAAAGGACUGAGUCACAAAAAAGCUGGAGCCAUGUGGCUGGAGGCUGGACUCAGCUGGAAAGACUUUCUGCCUGAAGAUGAGGAUGUCAAUAAGUUUGUUACAGAACAGAAAAUGGAGUUCACACUGGGCGAGGAGUCUGAGAAGCCCAGCAAGAAAGAGCUGACUGCUGAGGAGCUGAGUAAACAUUUGGACAGGUUGUUACAAGAAAAAGCCAACAACCAGAGGAUCUAUGACUGGGUAGAGGCCAAUCUGGAUGAGCAAAAGAUGAGCUCUAGUCAGUUUGUGCGAGCACUGAUGAUGUCAGUGUGCCAGUCUGCCAUUAUAUGUGAGAACCCUUACCGUGUGGACGUGGAGCAGAUUAACCAGAGGGCAAAGCUGCUGCAGAAGUACCUUUCUGAUGAACAGAAGGAGCUGCAGGCACUCUACGCUCUCCAGGCUCUCAUGGUGCAGAUGGAGCAGCCGGCCAAUUUACUGCGCAUGUUUUUCGAUGCGCUGUACGACGAGGACGUGAUCAAGGAGGAAGCCUUUUACAAAUGGGAAUCCAGCAAAGACCCAGCGGAGCAGCAGGGCAAAGGCGUUGCUCUAAAGUCCGUCACUGCCUUCUUUACAUGGUUACGAGAGGCCGAGUCUGAAUCCGACAACAGCUAAUCCUGAACUUUGCUCGCCCAGGCAGCAGCGCAGUGAGAGAGGGCAGAAAAAAAAAAAAGAAAAAGUAAAAGCGCUGCCGGGAACUAAAGGCGAGGAUUUCUGACAACCAAGUUGAACUGGAUCCUCACCAAGCCAAUCUUAUCUGUUCAGGAUGGCUCUUGACAGAUAUAAACUACAAUCAUUUCUCAGUCAUUUCUUUUGCUCUCUAUAUCUCUUGUGGCAAAUGUCCACCUAAAACAAUAAAUAAUAAUAAUAAUUAAAAAAAAAAAGAUCUUCAGGACUGCUUAAACGUGUUAACAGUUCAUCCUCAUUUUUAUUUUUAUGAGAGAGAAAAACCUUGGGGGAAAAGUACAAACCAACGCUGCUCUUACAUGUUAAUAUAGAUUUAUAUGCAACGUGGGAUCUAACAGGACGUCCUGUAUCAUGUGGAGAAGGCAUGAUGGGAAUCAUGUCCUGUAGGUUUGUAACGUCCGAUCAAACGCAGAGCUCCUACAGACGUUUCUCUUUAAUGUGUGCGUGCGAGAGGACUGAUGUUUUUAAAGCCGCAAUGAUAAAGGUGUACGAGCGUAGCAUCUGAUGAAUUCUCAAAGUGAGGGAUGAGAUUUGAGUAGCGUUUGUAUUUUGCGCUUUUAAUGCUUCCUGUAUCCUUUAGUUACGGGGGUGAACUUGUCGAACUUCAGGAUGACGGUCUCGGAUGGACUUUGACUUUUUUGACCUUAGUGCUGCUGGAUGACGAGGGUCCAACAUGCUUCCUAAUAAGCCAUCCAUGUCCCGCUUCCUACCCCACACUUUUGCGUCUUACCUCUCUCUUGACGAACUGAUGGGCCACUUCAGCCCCACUUGAGCUAGCCUGCGGUGGAAUUUUAAAGAGAAAUCAUUAAAACUUGAAGCAUAUAGAAAAAUCAACUUGAUGAAAUGACAGUAAUGAUCCUAAAGCCUUUUCUACUUGUAGAGUGGAAACACAUUUCAGGAGCGUUCUGUACAUACAUAUGGAGAUGUUUUUUUUUUUUCUUUUUUUUGUGUGCUUAUUUUCAGUUAUUAAAAGUUAAGAAUCUGAUGUAAUGCCAUUUAUUUUUCCCCCCAACAGAAAUGGCAGUUUCCCUGUAUUUAAGAUUUGUUUUCUUCCAGAUGGUAAGAGGUGCUUACAGUGAUCCGUUGAUUUAGUUUUAUUGAAAGAACUUGUGUAAAUAUGUUUUUCCUUUUUUUUUUUGCUCUCUUUAUUAUUUAAGGAAAUGAAUGCUUUCACAUCAAACUGGAAAGAUUGGAGAGAUGAAACAUUGCAAAUAAAAGAUUAAGUUGCAAAGUA